UAUGUCAAUGUCACUGAUGUCGCGGUAUCGCAACAUGUUUUUGGGGGGAAAGUGCUUAUUUUGAUCGUUUUAAGAAAACUGCAGCGUGUUUGGUGUAACAAUGGCUGAAAAGUUGGAAGAUUUGAAUUUGCCGAACUUGACAGUGCAGAAAAUUAUUAAGGACGCUUUACCUGAUAGUGUGAAUGUGGGGAAAGACGCUCGGUCUGCUCUAUCCAGAGCCGCUUCUAUUUUUGUUUUAUAUAUCACGUCCCAAGCGACUAAGGAGUCGCAGAAAGUUAAUAGGAAAACGCUGUCGGGGCCGGAUAUAAUAGCGGCGUUGGAGGAAUUAGAGUUUGACGAGUUCGUGGAACCAUUACAGGCUAUGUUGAAGGAAUUUAAAGAAGCCAAGCAGAAGAAGAAAAGCCGGAAAAGCGGAGACGUUGAAACCGAAGAAAACGACGAGGUUGUGGAGGAAGAGGAAACGGGUGAAUGAGCUGUAUAAUUCAGUUUUUCUAAAUAUAUUUUAUUUAAAAAACCACAA